GUGGGAGGGAGAAGGAAGACGCCUUCUGUGACGCCAGUCUGCGGGUUGCGGAUAUCAUUAAGGCCGUACCUAAUAUUAUAUUAGCGCGCAUGGUGCAUGGAGUAGCAUGGAGUGCAUGGAGCGCAGAGCUUCAAGGGGCGCAAGAAGCUCCCCCUUUAGCUCCAUGCUACUCCAUGUGAUCCAUGCACUCCAUGCCAUGCGAGCUGUGGAACCUUAUUAAAUACAUCGUCGGACGCAUCCAUCCUUGAAACGUAUGGAGGAGUAUCUAUCCUAAGGGAAUAAUACUCUCCCAUAAGUACUUUUCAAGGAUGCACUUGAAAGAUGAAUUACGGACAGUUCUAAUAUCAACGGCGCCCAGCCAGGCACAAGACGGAACUAUCCUCGGAUUGAGAGGCGAUUCGAUGAAGCUAAUGCGCCAAGGAAUCUCGCGAGCGCACAGGAUAUCGAUGGUAAUAGACGUUCUAAAGGACGAAAUAGAAGAGAUCCAUUUUGUUCCACUCGAUAUUGAUGCACUUCUCAUUGAAUCACUCUAGAGCACGACCAUAAUUCCGCUUACUUUGCACUCGAUAUUCGUUUAUUCAUUGAGUCUCUCUAGAACACGACCAUAUAAUUAUGAUGAAAGCAGGUGCUUCCCCUCGACCUUGGAGUUCCGAUGUGUUGCGAUAUCAUGCGCGAAAAGCAGAGCUACAGCGACCACAGACCGCUUUUACUGUACGUGAUACGACAAGCAGGAAAGAAGCAGAAGCGGUAGUUGUAAAAGACGGGCCCGCGCCUCCACCUCCAGCUGUCAAUGCUGAUCAUCGUACACCACAGGAGGUAAUAGCUCCAGUAGAACAAGUAGCAGUAGCAGUUUGUGGCGAGGAAAAGCUAGAUAAAAUUGCUAGUACUACACCAAGAAAGAGAAUUUCAAACUCGGAUAUUUCCCAUCAAGAGGCAAACGCUAUCGACACCAGUUUGGCUAACGUCGAAUCGACAUCCUCUAGCCCAAUUCAACAGUCAGGAGAACCAGAAACUGCACUAGCACCUGUACUAGCAGUAACAGGACCAUCUAGUUGUAGAGCGGUAGCACCUUCUUCACGAGGUGCAUUCGCUCGACCAGAAGGGACGCAAAUAGAUCGACAGCGCCCUCACACGGCUUGUCCACCUCUCAAAGUGAAAACCGGAUUUCGGAUCGACGACCGCGUAUCCAAUCUUGUUGAGCAGAAGACUUCUUCGAGAACAAGAAAGGUGAGUGCAGUGCAACAACUAGAUCUCUUUAGACGAGAUGAUGACCUAGUAGAAGACGUUCAUCAUGUUAGCGGGAACAAGAUGACACCAAGAGGAGGUGAAGAUGGG